AAAAAAUAAAAAUAAAUAAAUAAAAAAUGUUUAACAAUAAUAAAAAGACACCUUAUGAAAUAUUAGGCGUCGGACGAUAUUCUACACAAAAGGAAAUUCGGAAUCGAUAUCUUCAACUUUGUAAAAUUUAUCAUCCAGAUAUAAAUAAGAAUAGUAAAGUUGAUUUUACGGAAAUAACAGUUGCAUACAACAUGCUGACAAAACAGCAUACAAAUAACUACUAUCAACAUCGACCUUCUGCUUAUUCUUCUCAUACAACAAUCAUAGAUACAAAAUUAUGGACACGACGAUCUUAUCUUGCUGGCUUUGGUAUUGUUGUCUUUACUUUACUUUAUUUACAAAGCCAAAAUGAACAUAGUCAAAAGAAUCCAUCAUCACAACUACUACUCCCCUAUGAAAUCUUACAUAAUAAAAAUCAAGAAAAUCAUACUGCAACUCCAUGGCAAAAAGAGGGGGCAAGUUUUCGAGAAUGGCGAAAGAAAUAAUAACAAAAGAUGCGUUUCAUUUUUAUUUAUUUAUUUAUUUAUU